AUGAUUGAUUCAUUGUUCAAACCACUUGCCUCACAUUUGACAAAGGGAGACAUAAAGUACUCACAAACAGUAGAUGUUGCAAGAGAAUUGGAGACUAGAUGGAGGGAUGAAAGAACAGUUAAAGUGCAAAAUAAAAGAACGAGGACCAUGGGAUUCUUUGAAGGGGAUAUGGGUACAAAACGAGGAUUUGGAUCUCAGAACCAUCCAAGGGCUUCCCAGACUGGAGGUGCAUCCAUCAUCCAGCCAUCCAACAAUGCUUCCACCUUAAAACAAAGUCGUAGAAGUCCCAUAUCAUCUACUGGACAGACUAACCGCACUACAACUAUAUGCCCUAGUUGUCACAAGGCUCAUUCAGGCCAAUGUUGGAGAGAGAUUGGUGCAUGCCUUCGAUGCGGACAGAUGGGACAUUACAAGAAGGAUUGCCCACGUUAUCUCAGGGGAUCUAAUCAAGCAUCAACAUCAGUAAAUAGUGCACUGACAAAUUCUGCCGCUUUUACCGCUAAGGAUAAUUUUGGGGCAGCCCGUAAAGGUGCCGAGAAUAGAAAUGCUAACGAUAGAGGACCAGGAACGAUCGGUAGAGACGAAUCUCGAGUGUUUGCUCUUACAAGGCAAGAUGUUGAGGCAUCAAAUGCAGUCAUUACAGGUAUACUUUCAGUAUGUUCAUUUGAUGCUAUGGCUCUAAUUGAUCCUGGAUCAACCCAUUCCUAUAUGUACUCAUAUUUUGCAAUAAGGUUUGAUAGAUUGCCAAAAUUAUUGAAAGAUCCCUUUUUAGUUGCUACUUCAGUUGGAGAAUCUUUACUGGUCAAGAGAGUGUAUCACUCUUGUCGACUUAGUGUUAAAGGAAAAGGCACAGUAGCAAAUUUGUUUGAGCUUGAAAUGGUGGAUUUUGAUCUAAUCUUGAGCAUGGAUUGGUUAGCUUCGUGCCAUGCAAUUGUGGAUUGCCAUUCUAAAAUAGUUCGCUUUAAUAUACCGGGUGAGCCUAAUUUCAUGUUACAAGGCAACCAAGUCUCAUCUCUGAAUAAUCUGAUAUCAUUCAUGAAUGCAAAGCGGAUGCUAAGCAAAGGUUGUCAAGGCUUUUUGGCAUUUGUCAGAGCUAUGAAGAUUGCGGUACCAGAAUUAGAAUCUGUUCAUAUUGUGAGUGAGUUUCAGACCUAA